AGAAAAUGUUCACAGAGACGAAGGCUCACAGCAAGGCUAUAGACAUGGAACUGAGGAGACUUGAGGUGGCUCAAGCCAACCAGCAUGUCUCGUACCUGACUCAGUACAUGCCUGAUAACUUCAUGUCUAGGGGAGGUGACCACGAUGCAGUGUUGGUGUUGCUGCUGGUUGCAAGGUUGAUCUGGAAGGCGACAUAGUGGUGGGUGGUGUAAGAGACAAGUUAUCCAGCGCCAGCAGUCAUAGAUCGCAAUGCAAUACUCAAGUCCCACUCCGUUGAGCAGUACGCGUUCUCUUCUAGACUACUACAACUCCUCUACACCUUGCAGACAAUGUUGCAUCAGUUUCAACAUGUGUUGAACACUUGCAAUGUUGAUGUUGUUGAAGCUUGGAACACUAUACCCGGAGCUGGCAUCACACGAACGCAACAUUGAUUUCUGUGUUGAUCUGCUCAGGAAGGACCAGCUGGACGAGAACAUCCCAGUGGAUGGACUUGAGAAGACAGUGACGUACUUCACUUCCCUGUACCCAGCUCACCUGGCAUCACAGAAGUUGAACCAUACCCUCUACCUCAGUGAUGUAGCCCGGGUACUGUCCUCUGCUACUGAUGCUACUUCCACCUACAGUGACACUGUGACUGUCUUAAUGCAUCCACAACACGAGUCGUGCGAUGUCGCUAUGCUCUGCCGGGAUGUGAGUGAUGCCUGCAAGGAGAUGAAGGGUGCCGUGCGACGCGUGCGACGCCGCAUGCCGCAGGACGGCUCUGUGGGACCACUCAACUUACCCCAGGAAGUGCAAGAAGCUUUGACAGCGGCACUCUGCAACAUGAACAAUGCUGCAAGAGCCCUCAGACAUGUUAUGAAGGCUUGCUUGCAACAAACUGCCCUACUGUCAG